GUUUCAUCGAUGUGCACGUCCACCUGCGGGAACCGGGCGCACCGCACAAGGAAACGUUCGCCAGCGGUACGGCGGCGGCACUGGCAGGCGGUGUGACGAUGGUACUCGCGAUGCCCAACACCCAGCCGGCGAUCAUCGACCGGGCAUCGUUGCAGUAUGCCCAGGAGUUGGCACAGAAGGGUGCCCGCUGUGAUUACGCACUGUUUGUCGGUGCGUCCGCCACGAACUGUGGCACGGUGAGUGAGCUGGCGGGGCAGGCCGCCGGGCUGAAGAUGUACCUUAACGAAACGUUCACGACACUCCGGCUGGCCAGCAGCAUUCACCUGUGGCAGGCCCAUCUGGCGGCCUGGCCCCGCCGUGCACCGCUCUGUGUGCACGCGGAGCGGGAAACGAUGGGUACGGUGCUGCUGCUGGCGUGGCUCACCGACCGUCCCAUCCACGUGUGCCACGUGGCACGCAAGGAAGAGAUCCUCAUGAUAAAGGCAGCGAAGGAGCGUGGUCUGCGGGUGACGUGCGAGGUUUGCCCGCACCAUCUCUUCCUCUCGACGGCCGACAUCGAUCGGGUGGGUGGGCCCGGGUGGGCCCAGGUCCGUCCCGUUCUUUGCUCGCCCGACGACCAGCAAGCGCUCUGGGACAACCUGGACGUGAUCGACGUGUUCGCCACCGACCACGCACCGCACACGCGCGAAGAGAAGGAAUCACCGAACGCGCCGCCCGGGUUUCCCGGGCUCGAGACGAUCCUUCCGCUGCUACUGAACGCGGUCAGCCAGGGGCGGUUAACGGUGGAGCAGCUCAUCCUCAAGUUCCACCGGAACCCGAAGCGUAUCUUCAAUCUGCCCGACCAACCGAACACCUACGUCGAGGUUGACUUUGACGAGGAGUGGACGAUCCCGGACCGGCCGGCACACUCGAAAGCCCACUGGACCCCGUUCGCCGGGAUGCGGGUUAAGGGGCGCGUCCACCGGGUGGUGCUGCGUGGCGAGACGGCCUACGUCGACGGUGUCGUCCUGGCUAACCCCGGUUUCGGUCAGAACGUGCGUGACUGGCCGGUCCGUAAGCUACUCCCGUACAGUACCCCCACGGCUGGCGGAACCUCACCGGAGCGCCAUCUGCCGGCACACCUCGAGCCCGAGCUCGAGAUGAACGACGAAUUUAUUCGACUGCUGAUUGCGGCCUCACCGGAAGCCAAGGUACAGGCAACACCACCGACCAAGGCGACGACUACUCCGGCCGUUCACUUUGGUGCACCGGGAGCACCGGGAGCACCGGCACUGGCACCAUCGCCAGCACCACCACCACCACCACCAGUCGUUUCACCUGUUCCGCGGGUUCGUUGCGACUCUAGUGGUGCCGGUACCGCCAUCCGGUCGGUGCUGGCAUCCUCAUCCGAUCUAGGCACACGGCACGGCCUCGAGCUUAACCUGAUCGGUCGCCACGUGCUCACGGUCGACAUGUUCACCAAGGAGCACCUGAACGAGCUGUUCCAUCUGGCGCAGACGAUGCGCUCGCGUGUGGUUAAGGAUCGGCCGCUCGAUGAUUUGCUGCGGGGUAAGGUGAUGGCGUCCAUCUUCUACGAGGUGAGCACGCGGACGAGCUGUAGCUUUGCGGCCGCGAUGCAGCGGCUCGGUGGCCACGUUGUUCACGUUGACGAGUCGUCAUCGUCGGCGCGGAAGGGGGAAACACUCGAGGAUAGUAUCCAGGUGAUGGCAGGGUAUGCGGAUGUUGUUGUCCUGCGCCAUCCGGUACCGGGUGCCGUUGCGCGAGCUGCUCAUCACUGUCGCAAACCGUUGAUUAAUGCGGGAGAUGGCGUAGGCGAACAUCCAACGCAGGCCCUGCUGGACAUCUUUACCAUCCGGGAGGAACUGGGCACGGUCAACGGGAUCACCAUCACGAUGGUCGGUGACCUGAAGCAUGGCCGCACGGUCCAUUCACUCGCCCGUCUCCUCACGCUGUACGAUGUGAGCCUCCGGUACGUGUGCCCGGCCGGCCUAGAGAUGCCGGAACGCGUCCGGGAGUUUGUCGACCGGAAGGGUAUCGCGCAACGGCAGUUCCCGACCGUCGAGAGUGCGAUCGCCGACACGGACGUCCUGUACAUGACGCGCAUCCAGCGUGAACGCUUCGCCACCGAUGAGGAGUACCAGAAGUGUUGUGGUCAGCUAGUGCUGACACCGCAGGCGAUGACGUUCGCGAAACGGCGCAUGGCCGUACUGCAUCCGCUGCCACGUGUCAACGAGAUCAGCCCCGAGAUCGACAACGAUCCACGGUCGGCGUACUUCCGGCAGGCCGAGUACGGCAUGUACGUGCGGAUGGCCCUGCUGGCGAUGGUGCUGGGGCGCUGCUGAGGACGUCCCUCUCCCCACUCACCUCCCCCCCCCCCCUCAUACCUACCCUCAUGCCUUACAAAUACGUCUACGAAGAAGGGUGAACCUAUGCCGCAAUGCGCUCUGACGUUUCGUUCCGUUUAUUCACGUGUUUAAGGACCUCCUCGGAGGUCGUCGACCUACCCUAUUAUAUUAUACAUAUUAUAUUAUACAUACAUGUGUAGAGAGCCGAAAAAUCGGGAUAGAGAGAGAGAGAGCGAAAGAGGAAGAGAGAGAAAGUGAAGUGCCCGGCCCGGUGCCAGCCGGUGCCCGACAUCCAAUCCUGCGCUCCGAGCGCUUUGCAUGAUCCCCCACGUUUCUCUCUCUCUCUCUCGCUGGUGCGGCUGGCUAGUGGAGGGACUGUGACCCUUAAUAAUGUCCAAUAAAGCUAUCUACCGUUGGCUAAGCGCCACCACGCAGCCUCA